ACAAUUUCGAUCUCGUACUAUCAACAACUCUCAAACAUCACAUUUUACAAAGGAAUUUUAACUUAAUGAAAAUGGACAUGACGCAGUUGGAUGGGGAUUUGAAGACGUUACUGACUCCUCCACACUCGCCACCAGAGAAUGACACCCCGGCCCAGGGACAUGUCUAUCAAAAACAUUGUAUGGAAAGUAGAUCAUUCUACCCAUCAAGUCCACGGGCGCAUGAUUACUCCAUGCGCAACAGCCCUCCACAGACGCCAGAAUCUACGCAUCACGAAACACCGGACAAUAGUUCCCCAGAAUCUGAACUGGGACAAUCUAAAUCAAAGGUUCAAAUCAAGGCGCCUAAGCCGAUCUACUGGAAUCCAUAUACCUCAUAUUGCCCGAAUUCUGGACUUGGAACGAGACUUUCCGGAGGAGUUAUUCCGAGUGGUUACCCGUCUCAGUUCACUGGCGUUCCAUUGAUAUCACUCGGCGUUGGUGCACAAUUGACGCAACCAUUGACAAUAAGCACAGAAUUGGCGCACAAUUCAAACGCAGCACAACCAUUUGUUUCCAAAAACGCAAUGGACGCAUUUAGUCCUGCACAAACUCUACUCCGCCUGAGCAGUCAACAAAUAUCCCAAGAACAUGCUCCAGCCCAAAAAGAUAAUGCCAAGAAAGCAAAGUUCGAUUUUCACCAUCUUGCCGAAGCAGUCACUCAAAAUGAAGCCCCAAGCCAACAAGGGGCACCAUCAGAUGGCAGUGAUGUCGCUAAAGUAACAAGCACGCUGACGAGAACAUGGGAAAUGUUUGGAUAUGAUCCACUCUAUUCUGCCAACUUCUACCAAUCAUAUCUUACUGCCGAGAAACUAGCGGAAAAGAAGAAACCAAGGGGACCAAAAAGAACUAAACGAGAGUACAUCUGCAAAUAUUGCCAACGCCAGUUCACCAAGUCUUACAAUCUCUUGAUUCACGAAAGGACGCACACGGACGAGAGGCCAUUCCCUUGUGACAUCUGUGGCAAAGCUUUCCGUAGGCAGGAUCAUCUCAGAGAUCAUAGAUAUAUCCACUCCAAGGAAAAGCCAUUCAAGUGUUUGGAAUGUGGAAAGGGAUUUUGCCAGUCCAGAACUCUAUCAGUCCACAAAACUCUACACAUGCAGGAGUCACCACACAAAUGUACUGUAUGUAGCCGCACAUUCAACCAACGUUCCAACCUCAAGACGCACCUCCUCACGCAUACCAACGUCAAACCUUUCUCCUGCAACGAAUGCCCAAAGGUCUUUCGCAGGAACUGUGACCUCAGACGGCACGUCCUUACUCACGUUGAAGAAAGGGAACGACUUGGAGCUUCUCAAAACGUUGGAGAAUCCAUGGUUAUCAACUCCACUGUACAACCUCAAGAUGGUCAAAGAGACAAUAACAUGAAUAAUGAGCCAUUACAUAGCAGCCAAGAAGACCAAAGAUCAGCCAUUAGCAUGAGGCAAACAGACAAUAAUGAUCAGAUCUAUAUGGACACUAACAAACAAGACAAUGUUAUGAAGAUAGAACACUGUGAAUCUGAUGGAACAAACUCUGCUUUUGAUGACGAAGAUGAAGAAGAAGAACUGAUCGUUGAUUUAUAAUUUUAAACACUGUACAGUAUAGAGCACAGCUCCCGGGAAAAGUAUAUUUUGGACACGUAAAUAUUAGUCGGAAAUUUGUGCCAAAUUGAGAUAUUCUGUUGAGCUGUGAAGUCAAUGUGUCAAUAUUCAUGGAACUUCCCAUCGGGAUAUUUUUGCGUCAAGCUUUGGCAUUUUGAAAUUAUGAAAUUAAUUUCUAGAAUCAUUCUGCAGAAUUUCGUUUUUCUCCGAUAUAAUAUACUGUAAUAGUGCUUUGUUUUGUUUAGAAUUUUUUAUUUAUUGUCUCUACAUAUGAGAUGUAUGCAUGCUUGUACAUAUGAAAUAAUAAUAUU